AUGCCUGAUAAUUCACUGUUCAUAAGAGGUAAAGGAAGUUUAUUUGUUGCUUUACUAGUCUAUGUUGAUGACAUAGAAGUAACCCGUUCUGAUCUAGCCAUUAUAGAAGAAGUUAAGAAGCAGUUCAAUACAAACUUUCAGAUAAAGGACUUAGGGCCUUUGAAAUAUUUUCUUAGUUUUGAAAUAGCUAGACAAAAGAAAGGGAUUGGCAUUUGUCAAAGAAAAUAUGGCAUUGAAUUUCUCAAAGAUACAGGCUUUACAGAUUCAGACAACACUCAGUACAGGAAGACAGUUGGAAAAUUGCUAUAUCUAACUAUAACUAGACCAGACAUCAGCUUUGCUACUCAACAACUGUCACAAUUUCUUGAUAAGCCUACUAAUUUGCAUCUACAAGCUGCUCAAAGAGUACUAAGGUACAUAAAGGCAGCUCCUGGACAUGGUUUAUUCUUCCCUUCCUCAUCUGAUUUGCUGCUGAAAGCUUUCUCUGACUCAUAUUGGGGAGCUUGCAUUGACACAAGAAAGUCUGUUACUGGUUUUUGCAUUUUUUUGGGGAAUGCUCUUAUAUCAUAG